UUGUGUGCGUGGACUGAAACUUCAGGUGCAGGCCGCGUUGAUUUUUCUUGAACAAGUUUCAGUCUGAGUUUGGCCUUCGUGUGGUACAGUACAUGUGCAACACUGGCCUUGUCCACUAAAAACUUUAUAUAAAUAUUAAAAAAUAAGCACCGAAAAGUUGCCAUAUAAAACGGAAACCGAAACCGACCGAGUUGUCGGGAAAGGGAAAAGAAAACGCCGUCGUUGUGGCUUUUGUUGACCCCAAGGAUAACCAGCUGACAUGCCACAUAAAUUGGAAUACUAAGCAUUCGCGAAACGAUACAUAACGCACCUAUAAAGUGGUUAUAUUUAUACCAACAGCUGCAUUCAUAAGAGAUUGGUAACCAAACUCUGGGCUUAAUUGGGAUUUAAAUCGGGCCAACAUGAACCAACCGACGGCAGCCAAUUCGCAUUGGCUGGCCGCUUUGCUGUCGUCGUUGCUGCUUUUCAAUUUGCUGCACUCGAUCGGAGCCGACGAGGCGUUUUCCUGUCCAAAUGGCUGGGAACUGCGCGGCUUAAAUUGUUAUAAAUAUUUCAAUAUUAAACAUUCGUGGGAGAAAAGCGCCGAACUGUGUCGAAGAUACGGCGCCGAACUAGUGGCCAUCGAUAGUUAUGCGGAGAACAACGAAACCUUGUCCAUUGCCCGGGCCAGUGAUCCCAACCAAAGGGCUUCGGACAAGUACUGGCUGGGACUGGCCUCCCUCGACGAUCUCCGCACCAACACCCUGGAGUCUGCCUCCGGGGCUUUGAUCUCCCAGUACUCCGGCUACUGGUCGCUGAAUCAACCGAAUGCCGAUUCCGGCGAGUGUGUCGCCGCCGGGUUUGCAGGAAAAUCACAGAGCUGGGACCUGGGUACGUGCGAGUCCCUGCUGCCCUUCAUGUGCCGCGCCCAGGCGUGUCCCCAGGGUGCCCUGCACUGCGCCAACGGAAAGUGCAUCAACCAGGCAUUCAAGUGCGACGGCAGCGACGAUUGUGGCGAUGGAACAGAUGAGCUGGACUGCCCGGCCCAGUGCCACUUCCACAUGCAGUCUGGAGGAGAUGUGAUCGAAACCCCCAACUACCCGCACAAGUAUGGAGCUCUGAGCAAGUGCAAGUGGACUCUGGAGGGCCCGUUGGGCAGCAACAUCAUCCUGCAGUUCCAGGACUUCGAAACCGAAAAGACCUUCGACACCGUACAGAUCCUCGUAGGCGGACGAACUGAAGACAAGUCUGUGUCCCUGGCCACUCUGAGCGGCAAGCAAGACCUGACCACCCAGCCCUUCGUUUCGGCUUCCAACUUCAUGAUUGUCAAGUUCACCACGGACGGCAGUGUGGAGAGGAAGGGUUUCCGGGCCACUUGGAAGACGGAGGCCAAGAACUGCGGCGGAACCCUGAAGGCUACCCUGCAGCGCCAGAUCCUGACGAGCCCCAACUACCCGAAGCAAUAUCCCGGCGGCUUAGAGUGCCUUUAUGUGAUCAAGGCUCAGCCUGGUCGUAUCAUCUCCAUUGAAGUAGACGAUCUGGAUGUGGCCGAAGGACGCGACUACCUGCUGAUCCGUGAUGGGGAAUCGCCCAUGAGCCGCACCAUUGCCAAGCUGACCGGAAAGACGGCCCAGAACGAGCGCGUAAUAAUCUCCACUGGCAAUUCCCUGUAUCUGUACUUCAAGUCCAGCUUGGGAGAGGCCGGCAAGGGCUUCAGCCUGCGCUACAUCCAGGGCUGCAAGGCCACGAUCACCGCCAGGAACGGCACAGUCACCUCCCCUGCCUUCGGAUUGGCCGACUAUCCCAAGAACCAGGAGUGCUACUUCACCAUCCGAAACAGUGCUCGUGCUCCACUCUCGCUGAAGUUUGACAAGUUCACGGUUCACAAGAGCGACAAUGUCCAGGUGUUUGAUGGAUCCUCGACUUCCGGACUGCGACUGCACUCCGGCAAUGGCUUCACGGGAACUGCAGCACCCAAACUCACCCUGACUGCCUCUUCCGGCGAAAUGCUCAUCAAGUUUACCUCCGAUGCCCUUCACAAUGCAGCUGGUUGGUCCGCCACCUUCUCGGCGGAUUGCCCAGAGCUGCAGCCUGGAAUCGGAGCCUUGGCCUCCAGUCGCGACACCGCUUUCGGUACGCUGGUCAGCUUUACAUGUCCCAUUGGACAGGAGUUUGCCACCGGCAAGACGCGUCUGGUUACGGAAUGUCUGCGCGGUGGCAACUGGAGUGUCUCCUACAUACCCAAGUGUCAGGAGGUCUACUGCGGUCCUGUGCCACAAAUCGACAACGGCUUCUCCAUUGGCUCCUCGAACGUGACCUACCGCGGCGUCGCCAUGUAUCAGUGUUAUGCCGGAUUCGCCUUCGCCUCUGGUGCCCCCAUUGAGAAGAUCUCGUGUCUGCCGGACGGAAAAUGGGAGAGGCAGCCCAACUGCAUGGCCUCCCAGUGCGCCCCGCUGCCGGAGGUGGCUCACGCCAAUGUGACGCUCCUGAAUGGAGGUGGUCGCAGCUACGGAACCAUCGUCCAGUACGAAUGUGAAUCGGGAUACGAGCGGAACGGUCAUCCGGUGCUGACCUGCAUGUCCAACGGCACCUGGAGCGGCGAUGUGCCCAGGUGUACACGCAAGCGUUGCUACGAGUUCCCCGACAUUGACAACGGAUUCGUGGUGGACUCCACCAGGGAGUACCUGUUCGGAGACGAAGCCAGGGUCCAGUGCUACAAAGGAUACAAGCUCAUCGGCAGCAACAUCAUGCGCUGCAGCGAGGCCCAGAAGUUCGAGCAGCCGCCGAUCUGCGAGGACAUCAACGAGUGCAGCUCCUCGCAGUGCGAUCUGACCACCACCGAGUGCCAGAACACCAACGGAUCCUUCCACUGCCAGUGCCGUGCAGGAUUCACAGCCACCACCGAGUGCCGACCAGUCGCAGAUUUGGGACUAGGAAAUGGUGGCAUUCCCGACGACAGUAUCACCACUUCCAUAAGUGAACCAGGAUACAGCAAGACGCAGUUGCGAUUGAACACCAACGGCUGGUGCGGCGGCUCCUCGGAGCCAGGUGCCAAUUGGAUCCUCAUCGACCUGAAGGCCCCAACCAUCCUGCGAGGCUUCCGCACCAUGUCCGUGCAACGACCGGACGGCAAUGUGGCUUUCAGCUCCGCGGUGCGUCUGCAGUACACCAACGAUCUGACAGAUGUGUUCAAGGACUACGCCAAUCCUGAUGGUACUGCCGUGGAGUUCCGGAUCUUGGAGCCCACUCUGUCCAUCCUAAACCUGCCCCUGCCAAUCGAGGCACGUUACAUCCGCUUCCGCAUCCAGGACUACGUCGGUGCCCCUUGCAUCCGCAUGGAGCUGAUGGGAUGCACCCGUCUGGACUGUGUGGACAUCAACGAGUGCAGCAAGAACAACGGUGGCUGCGACCAGAAGUGCAUCAACUCUCCCGGAGGAUUCGCCUGUGGCUGCAACACUGGCUACCAGCUGUACACCUCUAACGGAACUGCCGGCUUCCACCUGGAGCGCUCGGAGUCGGGUGAACGUGACGGAGAUACCUACCAGCGCAACAAGACUUGUGUGCCCGUCAUGUGUCCCGAACUGGAUGCCCCCGAGAACGGCCAGUUGUUGAGUGACAAGAACGAUUACCAUUUCGGCGAUAUAGUGCGCUUCCAGUGCCACUUCGGUUACAUCAUGAGCGGCAGCUCGUCGGCUUUGUGCCUGUCCAGCGGUCAGUGGAACGCUAGCGUACCAGAGUGCAAUUAUGCCAAGUGCGUUUCCUUGCCUGAUGACAAGCUGGAGGGUCUUACCGUGGCCCGCCCCGAUCCCGAAUCCGUGCUUGUUCCCUUCCGCGACAACGUGACCAUCACCUGCGGCUCCGCAGGUCGCCAACUGCGUGCCACUGCCUCUUCUGGCUUCCGUCAAUGCGUCUACGAUCCCAAGCCUGGUCUGCCGGACUACUGGCUAUCGGGAAUGCAGCCUUCCUGCCCCAGGGUAGACUGCUAUGCCCCUAUGCCCACGCCCGGAGCUGAAUACGGACAGUUUGUGGACACUCGCUUCCAGAGCAGCUUCUUCUUCGGCUGCCAGAACACCUUCAAAUUGGCCGGCCAGACCGGACGCAAUGACAACGUGGUGCGAUGCGGUGCCGACGGCAUUUGGGACUUUGGUGACCUGCGUUGCGAAGGACCCGUUUGCGAGGAUCCUGGCCGCCCAGCCGAUGGUCGCCAGAUUGCCCGCAGCUACGAACAAAGCUCGGAGGUCUACUUCGGCUGCAAUCGUCCUGGCUACAUCCUGAUCAACCCACGACCCAUCACCUGUAUCCGCGAGCCCGAGUGCAAGGUCAUCAAGCCCUUGGGUCUGAGCUCUGGAAGGAUUCCCGACUCUGCCAUUAAUGCCACUUCGGAGCGACCCAACUACGAGGCCAAGAACAUCCGCCUGAACUCGGCGACUGGCUGGUGUGGCAAGCAGGAAGCAUUCACCUACGUGAGCGUGGACCUGGGACAGAUCUAUCGUGUCAAGGCCAUCCUGGUCAAGGGUGUGGUCACCAACGACAUUGUCGGUCGCCCCACGGAGAUUCGAUUCUUCUACAAGCAAUCCGAGAGCGAGAACUAUGUGGUGUACUUCCCCAACUUCAACCUAACCAUGCGCGAUCCUGGCAACUAUGGAGAACUGGCCAUGAUAACCCUGCCCAAGUACGUGCAGGCCCGAUUCGUGAUCCUGGGCAUUGUGAGCUACAUGGACAACGCCUGUCUGAAAUUCGAGCUGAUGGGCUGUGAGGAGCCGAAGAAUGAGCCUCUUCUGGGCUACGACUACGGCUACUCCCCGUGCGUGGAUAACGAGCCUCCAAUCUUCCAGAACUGCCCUCAGCAGCCGAUUGUAGUCCGCCGGGAUGAAAACGGCGGAGUGCUGCCUGUCAACUUCACCGAGCCCACGGCUGUGGACAAUUCCGGAUCGAUUGCUCGUCUGGAAAUCAAGCCACAAAACUUCCGAACUCCCAGCUACAUAUUCAAGGACACGGUGGUCAAGUACGUGGCCUUCGAUUAUGAUGGCAACGUGGCCAUUUGCGAGAUCAACAUCACUGUGCCGGAUGUCACUCCUCCGCUGCUUCAGUGCCCCCAGAGCUAUGUGAUCGAGCUGAUAGAUCGUCAGGAGAGCUACGACGUCAAUUUCAACGAUACCCGUAAGAGGAUCAAGACCUCCGAUGAUGCCGGAGAGGUGAGGCUGCAGUUCAUUCCGGAGAGAGCCACCAUCAAGAUCGGAAACUUUGAGAAUGUGACUGUGACGGCCACAGACAAGUUCAACAACCGGGCCUCCUGCCACUUCCAGGUGUCCCUAAAGGCCUCGCCCUGCGUGGACUGGGAACUGCAACCGCCAGCCAAUGGAGCCAUUAACUGCCUGCCAGGAGACCGAGGAAUCGAGUGCAUUGCCACCUGCAAGCCCGGUUUCCGGUUCACGGAUGGCGAGCCCCUGAAGACAUUCUCAUGCGAGACAUCGCGUUUGUGGCGUCCCACCUCCGUGGUGCCCGACUGUGUCUCCGAAAACACGGAGCAAGCCGCCUACCAUGUCACCGCCACCAUUACCUACCGUGCCAACGGAGCCGUAGCCCAAUCCUGUCUUGGACAGUACCAGGAUGUCUUGGCCCAGCACUACACCGGACUGAACCAGCUGCUUUCCCAGCGAUGUUCCGCUGUUAAUGUGAACAUGAACGUUACUUUCGUCAAGUCGGUGCCCAUGCUGCUGGAGGAGAAUGUGGUCAAAAUGGACUUUAUUCUGUCCAUUCUUCCAGCAGUUCGCCAGCCGCAGCUCUACGACCUUUGCGGAUCUACUCUGAACCUGAUCUUUGACCUGAGUGUUCCUUAUGCCAGUGCCGUGAUCGAUGACCUCUUGAACAUUGCCAACAUUGGCAACCAGUGCCCGCCCCUGCGAGCCUUGAAGUCGCAAAUCUCUCGAGGAUUCAGCUGCAACGUUGGUGAGGUUUUGAACAUGGACACCAGUGAUGUGCCUAGGUGUCUUCAUUGUCCUGCGGGCACCUAUGUGUCCGAGGGUCAGAACAGCUGCACCUACUGCCCGAGAGGAUACUACCAGAACCGGGAUCGUCAAGGCACCUGUAUUCGCUGCCCCGCCGGAACUUAUACCAAGGAGGAGGGCUCCAAGUCCCAGGCCGAUUGUAUUCCUGUUUGCGGUUAUGGUACCUACUCUCCCACUGGUCUGGUGCCUUGCCUAGAGUGUCCACGCAACUCUUUCACUGCCGAACCCCCGACCGGAGGAUUCAAGGACUGCCAGGCAUGUGCUGCCCAGACCUUCACCUACCAGCCCGCUGCCUCGAACAGCGACAUGUGUCGCGCCAAGUGUGCUCCGGGAACAUACUCUGCUACUGGACUGGCACCUUGCUCGCAGUGCCCCCUGCACCACUACCAAGGAUCUGCAGGAUCGCAGAGCUGUAACGAGUGCCCUAGCAACAUGAAAACCGACACAGCCGGCUCCAAGGGCCGCGAACAGUGCAAGCCUGUGGUCUGCGGAGAGGGAGCCUGCCAACACGGUGGACUGUGCGUGCCGAUGGGUCAUGACAUCCAAUGCUUCUGCCCGGCUGGAUUCUCCGGACGUCGCUGCGAACAGGACAUCGAUGAGUGCGCUUCUCAGCCUUGCUACAAUGGAGGCCAGUGCAAGGAUCUGCCCCAGGGCUACCGUUGCGAGUGCCAGCCAGGAUAUUCCGGCAUCAAUUGCCAGGAGGAGGCCAGCGACUGUGGAGCCGAUACCUGCCCCACGCGGGCCAUGUGCAAGAACGAACCUGGAUUCAAGAAUGUGACCUGUUUGUGCCGCAGCGGAUACACUGGAGACCAGUGCGACGUGACCAUCGAUCCGUGCACGGCCAAUGGCAAUCCUUGCGGAAACGGAGCCAGCUGCCAGGCCCUGCAGCAGGGUCGCUACAAGUGCGAGUGCCUGCCAGGAUGGGAGGGCAUCCACUGCGAACUGAACAUCAACGAUUGCUCCGAGAAUCCCUGUCUGUUGGGUGCCAACUGCACCGAUCUGGUCAACGACUUCCAGUGCGCCUGCCCACCAGGAUUCACGGGUAAACGUUGCGAACAGAAGAUCGACCUCUGCCUGUCGGAGCCGUGCAAGCAUGGCACCUGCGUGGACCGCCUCUUCGACCACGAAUGCGUCUGCCACCCGGGAUGGACGGGAGCUGCCUGUGAUGUUAAUAUCGAUGACUGCGAAGGCAGACCCUGUGCCAACGAGGGCACCUGCGUGGACCUGGUCGAUGGCUACAGUUGCAACUGCGAGCCUGGCUACACCGGAAAGAACUGCCAGCACACCAUCGACGACUGCGCCUCCAAUCCUUGCCAGCACGGAGCCACCUGCGUUGACCAACUGGACGGGUUUAGCUGCAAGUGCCGACCCGGAUAUGUGGGCCUGUCUUGCGAGGCUGAGAUCGACGAGUGCCUGAGCGAUCCUUGCAACCCCGUCGGCACUGAGCGCUGCCUGGACAAGGACAACAAGUUCGAGUGCGUGUGCCGCGAUGGAUUCAAGGGCCAGCUCUGCGAGACGGACAUCGACGACUGCGAGGCUCAGCCUUGCCUGAACAACGGAUUGUGCAGGGACCGCGUAGGUGGCUUCGAGUGCGGCUGCGAACCAGGAUGGAGUGGAAUGCGCUGCGAGCAGCAGGUGACCACUUGUAACCUGCAGGCUCCUUGCCAGAACGAUGCGCGCUGCAUCGACCUGUUCCAGGACUACUUCUGUGUCUGUCCCAGCGGCACCGAUGGCAAGAACUGCGAAACUGCUCCGGAACGUUGCAUCGGAGACCCGUGCAUGCACGGAGGCAAGUGCCAGGACUUUGGCUCUGGCCUGAACUGCAGCUGCCCAACAGACUAUUCGGGCAUCGGUUGCCAGUACGAGUACGACGCUUGCGAGGAGAAGGUUUGCCAGAAUGGAGCUACCUGUGUGGACAAUGGCGCUGGAUACAGCUGCCAGUGCCCACCCGGAUUUACUGGACGCAAUUGCGAGCAGGACAUUGUUGACUGCAAGGACAACUCGUGCCCGCCGGGAGCCAGCUGCGUGGAUCUUACCAACGGCUUCUACUGCCAGUGCCCCUUCAACAUGACCGGUGACGAUUGUCGCAAGGCCAUCCAGGUGGACUACGACCUGUACUUCAGUGACCCGUCGCGAUCCACUGCCGCCCAGGUCGUGCCCUUCGCCACGGGCGAGGCCAACAGCCUGACGGUGGCCAUGUGGGUGCAGUUUGCCCAGAAGGACGACCCCGGCAUCUUCUUCACGCUCUACGGCGUGGAAUCCGCUCGCAUGACCCAGCGCCGACGCAUGCUGCUCCAGGCUCACUCUAGUGGAGUCCAGGUAUCGCUGUUCGAGGACCAAUCCGAUGCCUUCCUGAGCUUCGGGGAAUACACAUCCGUGAAUGACGGCCAGUGGCAUCAUGUUGCCGUGGUCUGGGACGGUAUUUCCGGCCAGUUGCAGCUCAUUACUGAAGGAUUGAUCGCAAGCAAAAUGGAAUACGGAGCGGGAGGAUCUCUGCCUGGCUACCUCUGGGCAGUGUUGGGUCGCCCGCAACCCUAUAGACUCACCAACGAACUAGCCUACUCCGAUGCCGGAUUCCAGGGAACCAUUACGAAAGCCCAGGUGUGGGCUCGUGCCCUUGAUAUUACCUCUGAGAUCCAGAAGCAGGUGCGCGACUGCCGCUCGGAGCCGGUCUUGUACCCUGGUCUGAUCCUUAACUGGGCCGGCUAUGAGGUCACUUCCGGUGGAGUGGAGCGCAAUGUGCCAUCUCUGUGCGGACAACGCAAGUGCCCAGUGGGCUAUACCGGUCCCAAUUGCCAGCAACUGGUCGUGGACAAGGAGCCACCAGUGGUGGAGCACUGCCCUGGAGAUCUGUGGGUGAUUGCCAAGAACGGAUCUGCCGUGGUUACCUGGGAUGAGCCUCACUUCAGCGAUAAUAUCGGUGUGACGAAGAUUUAUGAGCGUAAUGGACACCGCUCCGGAACUACUCUGCUCUGGGGCUCUUAUGACAUCACCUACAUUGCCUCUGAUGCUGCCGGCAAUACUGCUUCCUGCAGCUUCAAGGUUUCCCUGCUGACCGACUUCUGUCCAACGCUGGCCGAUCCCGUGGGUGGAUCCCAGGUGUGCAAAGACUGGGGAGCAGGCGGACAGUUCAAGGUCUGUGAGAUUGCCUGUAACACUGGUUUGCGCUUCUCGGAGCCUGUUCCUGAGUUCUAUACCUGCGGAGCCGAAGGAUUCUGGCGGCCAACUCGUGAGCCCUCAAUGCCACUGGUCUACCCCUCGUGUUCGCCCUCAAAGCCCGCCCAACGUGUGUUCCGUAUCAAGAUGCUCUUCCCAUCGGACGUUCUCUGCAACAAGGCUGGUCAGGCGGUGCUCCGCCAGAAGGUCACCAACUCGGUGAAUGGCUUGAACAGGGACUGGAACUUCUGCUCCUAUGCCGUCGAAGGCACAAGGGAGUGCAAGGACAUCCAGAUUGAUGUCAAGUGCGACCACUACCGCGCCGCCCAAAACAAUCGCGUCCGUCGCCAGGCCAAGGAUGGCGGCGUCUAUGUAAUGGAAGCCGAACUGCCAGUGGUCAACGAGGAUGAUGAUGAUCUGACAUUGACGGGUCGCCAGGGACGCCAACAAACUGGCGGCGAUACGUAUACCCUGGAGAUAGCCUUCCCGGCUGUAAAUGAUCCUGUGAUCCACACAUCGACGGGCGAACGUUCCAGCGUGAAGCAACUUCUGGAGAAACUGAUCCUCGAGGACGACCAGUUCGCCGUGCAGGAUAUCCUGCCCAACACAGUCCCAGAUCCAGCCUCGCUUGAACUGGGCUCGGAGUACGCCUGUCCCGUGGGCCAGGUGGUCAUGAUCCCCGACUGUGUGCCCUGUGCCAUCGGCACCUUCUACGACAGUGCCAACAAAACGUGCAUACCUUGCGCCCGAGGAACAUACCAGUCGGAAGCUGGCCAGCAGCAGUGCAGCAAGUGUCCGGUGAUUGCCGGACGACCGGGAGUCACGGCCGGACCUGGAGCCCGUUCGGCGGCAGACUGCAAGGAGCGUUGUCCUGCCGGCAAGUACUUUGAUGCGGAGACCGGACUGUGUCGCUCUUGCGGCCAUGGAUUCUACCAGCCCAGCGAGGGAGCCUUCGGCUGUGAACUGUGCGGCCUGGGCCAGACUACUCGCUCCACGGAGGCUACCUCCAGGAAGGAGUGCCGCGACGAGUGCAGCUCUGGCCAGCAGCUUGGCGCUGAUGGUCGCUGCGAGCCCUGCCCACGAGGAACUUACCGCCUGCAGGGUGUCCAGCCCUCUUGCGCUGCCUGUCCACUGGGCAGGACCACCCCUAAGGUGGGCGCCUCCUCGGUAGAGGAGUGCACAUUGCCGGUGUGCUCGCCUGGAACGUAUCUGAACGCCACGCUGAACAUGUGCAUCGAGUGCAGGAAGGGCUUCUACCAGUCAGAGUCACAGCAGACUUCCUGCCUGCAGUGCCCACCGAACCACAGCACCAAGAUCACCGGUGCCACCUCGAAGAGCGAGUGCACCAACCCAUGCGAGCACAUUGCCGAGGGCAAGCCGCACUGCGACGUGAAUGCCUACUGUAUUAUGGUGCCGGAGACCUCGGACUUCAAGUGCGAGUGCAAGCCAGGAUUCAAUGGUACUGGUAUGGCCUGUACGGAUAUGUGCGACGGUUACUGCGAGAACUCGGGCACUUGUGUCAAGGACCUGAAGGGUACUCCCUCUUGUCGCUGCGUUGGUUCCUUCACCGGACCCCACUGCGCUGAACGAUCUGAGUUCGCAUACAUCGCUGGCGGUAUCGCCGGUGCUGUGAUCUUCAUCAUCAUCAUUGUCCUGCUGAUUUGGAUGAUCUGCGUUCGGUCCACGAAGCGUCGUGAUCCCAAGAAGAUGCUGACCCCGGCCAUCGAUCAGACAGGUUCUCAGGUGAACUUCUACUAUGGCGCCCACACGCCCUACGCGGAGUCCAUUGCACCCUCGCACCACAGCACCUAUGCCCACUACUACGACGACGAGGAGGAUGGCUGGGAGAUGCCCAACUUUUACAACGAAACGUACAUGAAGGAUGGACUUCAUGGCGGUAAGAUGAGCACAUUGGCCAGGUCCAAUGCCUCGCUCUAUGGAACUAAAGAAGACUUAUACGAUCGACUGAAACGUCACGCCUAUACAGGCAAGAAGGAAAAGAGUGAUAGUGAUAGCGAAGUGCAGUAAACAACAAAAUGCGCCUAUUAGCAAUGAUAAAUUACGGAUAACCAAGCUGCUUUAAUGUAAAAUGUGGUCAUAAACAAAUCGAAAAGGAAAGGAGGGAAAAUACCGAAGUGAAAGCAGCUAGCACAGCACUGUCCAUAUAAGCCGUGUUCCACGAAAGCACUGCCGGCGCCCACAAAUACUCACUGAAUAGAGCCUUGCAUUGAAUCAACGUAAUAGCUGUGACAGCUCUAUUCCGGUCCGAACUUCAGUCCCAAUCUCGGAUAUUACGUGGCUUAAUGCAAGGCUUUGGGAGCUGCUCGAAAAAAAAAAAUAAAAAUAACUUUAAAGAAAGACGCAAGACCUUAAGAAACCUUUAAUUAGUAACUCCAACAUGUGCUCUUUAGGUAUGCAAACUAAAUGAAAUUAAGUCGAACUUAUGCAUAAUGUAAUGAAUGAAAUAUUGUUUUAAUCUUAAGUAUUAUUUACCUAUACAAGAUUAUCGAAAUUUCCCUGCCUGACAGGGUACCAAAUUGCAAUACACAUAUACUUAUAUAUACUUAUAGUAAUAGAUUUUUCGGACCACUUCCACUUUGUCAAAGCUUGUUGAACAAAUUCGCGAGUGCUGUAAAAAGCAAAUCAAAUAUAGUCGUUAUUUUGUAAUUUAAUAAAAGCAAUUUAAUUAUUAUGUAUGACACUUAAUUUUACAAAUUCUCUUGUAUAAAAUAAAAUAAAAAAACAAACGAAUCUAAUUAA